AUGAGGUCUGCCUCCCUCUUCGGCCGGCUGCUCGGCCGCAGAGGUUUUGUCUUCUUCUGCAGCCGCAUUCCGCGACGCCAGCAGUCGUUUGCAAAAUGGACGACCCGAAAAUAUAGCCUCAAGGACCCUCGCCAGCGGCGUUAUCCUACCCUCCUGGCCGCUGCCACCGCGCUCUCCCCGGUGGCCUUUGUCGAGAUAGGCGAGGGUGACAACAAGGAGGGCAAAACGACCGAGAUGCAAAUGCUCGAGAUAUCUCGUGAAGAAAUCAGCAAGAAAGUUCCGGAGGAUGCCCGCGGGCUACGAAGACUAUACAAGAGCGUCAUUUACGUCCUCGACCAAUACAUCUACGAACCGAUGGCAACCGGGGUGCGGUUCCUCUAUCUGGUCAUUAUAUUUGUCCCUGUUAUUGUUACUGUCCCCGCCGUCUUCAUCGGACCGCGAAAGAAAGAGCGUGACAACGAAAGAGCCGGAACUCUCUGGUGGUAUGGCUUCUUGGUCAGGGCAAUGGAGCAAGCAGGUCCCGCCUUUAUCAAAUUGGGGCAAUGGGCUGCAUCGAGGUCCGACAUCUUCCCCUCCGAGAUGUGUAGGAUCAUGUCCGGCUUGCACUCCAAUGCGCCCGCCCAUUCUCUCCACCAUACUAAGAAGACCAUAUCUGAAGCGUUCGGUGGCAGGCGAUUUGAGGACAUCUUUGUAGAAUUUGAUGAGAAGCCUCUGGGCGUGGGAGCCAUUGCGCAGGUAUACAAAGCGAGGCUAAAGCCCGACCUUGCAAAACCGGACGACAGUGAUCUCGACGACCAUGACAAACGAAGAUUGAGAUACCGGAUCAAGAAGAACGUGGAUGCAUUGGUCAAAUCCAGCCCGCAACGGGUACCGUCGGCGUACGUGGCGAUCAAGGUCCUCCAUCCCAAGGUGGAAAGGAAUGUACGCCGAGAUCUCAAGAUUAUGGGUGUCUUUGCUGCCAUCAUCAAUGCCAUCCCAACCAUGGAAUGGCUGGAUCUUCCCAAUGAGGUGGCCAACUUCGGCGAAAUGAUGCGGUUGCAGCUCGAUCUUCGCAUCGAAGCAGCCAACCUCACCAUCCUACGCAGGCAUUUCCAGAACCGAACCACAGCAUGGUUUCCGCACCCUUAUACCGACUUUACGACACGCAACGUUCUGGUCGAGGAAUUUGCGCAGGGCUUGCCAUUGGCCGCCUUCCUCGAGAAUGGCGGUGGUGUUUACCAGAAAGAGAUUGCCAAUGAAGGGCUGGACGCUUUCUUGCAUAUGCUUUUGAUAGACAAUUUUGUCCACGCAGAUCUUCACCCGGGCAACAUCAUGGUGAAUUUCUACAAGCCGACCCAGCCGGACGUGAAGAUCCCCUACGUCUCUCGGCAAGACCCGACGCAGCCAGCCAGCGCCUCCGACAUCGACGAGUCAGAAGCAGUCCUCUCCCGACUGCGUCCUCACAUUGGCAAAAAAGCAGAGUGGGAAGCCGCUCUGGCAGAGAUUGACAAGGAGGGAUACCGUCCCCAGCUGAUCUUUAUCGACACUGGUCUUGUUACUGAGCUCAAUGCAAAGAACAGAGCCAAUUUUCUCGAGCUUUUCCGUGCAAUCGCGGAGUUUGAUGGAUACAAAGCUGGAAAACUCAUGAUUGAACGAUGUCGUCAGCCUGAUGCAGUCAUUGACGGCGAUGUUUUCGCCCUAAGGAUGCAACAUCUGGUCCUAUCCGUGAAAAGCCAAACAUUCGCUCUCGGUCGGAUAAAGAUCGGAGAUGUUUUGUCAGAGGUGCUCAGCAUGGUCAGAUCACACCACGUUCGGAUGGAAGGUGAUUUUGUGAACGUGGUCAUUUCGAUUCUGUUGCUUGAAGGCAUUGGCAGAACCUUGGACCCAGAUCUUGAUCUCUUCGCAAGCGCCCUGCCAAUCCUGCGCCAGUUGGGUUCCUCCGACCCAAGUGCUGUGUUGAAGAGUUUCCGAGAAGGUGACUUCUCGCUGCUCAAAAUCUGGGUCGGGCUUGAGGCGCGAAGAUUCUUCCAAGCAAGUGCUGAAAGCGUGGAAAUGUGUGUCAAGUACGAUCUACUCAGUCCAAACUUCUGA